UUGGUGAGAGAAGGAGUCUGUGGAUCACCUGCCAGGAGAAGACAUGUCUGAUAAACCUGUGUGUGUUAGUGACUACGAGUUGCAUGCUAAGAGGAUCUUACCCAAAGCAGUGUUUGAUUAUUAUUUUUCUGGUGCAGAUGAGCAGGAAACUCUGGCUGAUAAUAUAGCAGCCUUCUCCAGAUGGCGUUUCUGUCCUCGUGUGCUUCGAGAUGUGUCUAGAGUGGACAUGUCUGCGACAGUCCUGGGUGAGUUGCUGAGCAUGCCCGUGUGUGUGGCAGCCACCGCCAUGCAGAGGAUGGCGCACCCAGAGGGAGAGACGGCCACGGCCAGGGCUUGCACAUCUACUGGCACAGGCAUGAUGCUGAGUUCAUGGGCUACCUCCACCAUUGAGGAAGUGGCAGAGGCUUCGGGAAGCGGAGUACGCUGGAUGCAGCUCUAUAUCUAUAAGGACAGAGCGCUGACUCAGUCUUUGGUCAGGAGGGCCGAGAAGGCUGGAUAUAAGGGUAUCUUUGUCACCGUGGACACACCUUAUCUUGGCAGGCGGCGCAAUGACGUGCGUAACCGAUUUAAGCUGCCCUCUCAUUUGAGGAUGACCAAUUUUGAGAGUCCUGAUUUAGCAUUUUCCUCCAAGGAGGGCUAUGGUGAGGACAGUGGAUUGGCUGUGUAUGUUGCUCAAGCCAUAGAUCCUACACUGAAAUGGGAGGACAUUGCUUGGCUGAAGAGCAUCACAGACUUGCCUGUCGUGGUCAAAGGGGUUUUAAGAGCUGAAGAUGCCAAAGAGGCCCUGAAAUACGGUGUUGAUGGGAUUCUUGUGUCAAACCAUGGAGCAAGACAGCUUGAUGGCGUGCCAGCAACCAUUGAUGUUCUGCCUGAAAUUGUGGAAGCAGUGGAAGGCAGAGUGGAGGUCUACCUGGAUGGAGGGAUACGCAGAGGGACGGACGUGUUGAAGGCCCUGGCACUGGGGGCCAAGGCUGUGUUUGUGGGACGACCUGUUCUCUGGGCUCUAGCUUGUGAGGGAGAGAGAGGAGUCAGUGAAAUGCUCCAGAUAUUGCGCGAGGAGCUCCAUCUUGCAUUAGCACUUGCAGGAUGCCGUUCUUUGAAAGAAGUUGAUAGAUCCAUUGUGAGAAGAUCAUUUUUUGCCUCAAGGAUCUGAGAAUCAUGACUGAAGACAUUAAGGGAUCGAGGCAGAAAAUUGUGGAAUGUACAAACAGUUGACCUGGAUCAAAUCAGUUAUGCUUGUUGAGUAAAAGGAAUCUCUAUAAGGGGGAGUAUAUUUCUGAUUCUUCAACAAUUUUCACCCAUUCUCAAAAAAUACCAAAUGGUCUAAGGGUUUUCUAUUAAAGCAACACAAAUCAUAAAUAGCUUAUGAUUGCUGUCAAAACGCUUUCUGAGACAAAAUAUAUCGCUCAAAGGCACAACUGCCAUUGUAAUCUCCGGUGUUUAGAUGGAGCCAAAUCUUCAAUCUGUAAUUAUCUUGUCAAAUUGACUGGAGAACUCGUUUCAGAACUCCUGAUGCAUGAGAUGAGUAGCGUUUACUUUGCAAAGACUGCAUGCAAGAGCCAUAGCCAUUCACAAUUAUACCAUAAAGGAAUUGUGUAACUAUGAAUCCUGUAAUCAUUUAAGCUAGUCCGUAAAAAUAUGACUACUAUUUCAGUUCUGCAGAGGUCCUCGUUCUUUUUUAUACAGGCAAAUGUAUCCGGUGGAACACUAUAGUAGUUUGAGGCAAAAACAUUUCUCAUAAACAAAAAAAAAAACAAGAUAAUGCACUAACUGGAGAGAUGGUGUAGAGAAAACUCACUGUGCUUAGUCUCCACACUCUUCACAUGGUUUUUAGUUAAACUGGUAGCUGAUCGAGUCAUUUGUAACACGUUAGGACAUAAACCCCUAAAGUAUCCUUGAUCAUGUUACUGGUUUUACAUGUUCAAUUUACAUUAAAUAUACAAAUAAUUUUAGUAAUUCUGGCCCAAGGUCUGUAACUGAAUUAAACCCCAAUAUAUUUUCCAUAAUGCAUCACAUUCCAUAAUGGUUUGUUUAUGUUUUCUUCUCUUUCAUACAGUAAGGGAAAGUCAUUUGGCUUGGUCCUGCACUCAGUCAUCUUAUGAAUAUGUAUGUUAUCCCGUCAGGGCCCUAAAGGCAAAUGGGUUUUUGAGAGGUUCAGAAAGGUCACAGAAUAGACAUGGGAUUUCUGUACCAACUCUUUCCAAAGCUGAACCUCAGCUACUGAAAGAAGUCAUUAUAUAUAUUGGCCUGGCACAGGAAAACAAACUUUGUCAGGACUGUUCAUUCGCACCUAGGACUUUGUUUGAACCUCCUCUGCCUGCUGGAGCCCAGAAGGGACAUUUUUUCCCUCCUGCCGAAAUCAAAUGAAAUGUCCAGAUUUAUGAAGGAGUUACAGGGCUUUUCCCUUGAGAGCUGUUCUGGAGGAGGUACUGUAAAUAUUAACAUUUCACAUUCGACACUGUUGUACAUUAAAAUGAGACAAUGGCCAGGGAGAUGUUGAAACUACGAUGCAUGUAAAGCAUAACAGCCUAAACUACAAUUACAAUCUAUAAUCUAACCAUUUAUCUUAGGUUUUACUGUGUUGCCGUUUUAUUUUUGCAAAAUGUUCUCAUUCUCUCAUGAUUGCUUUACUACUAUGCUAAUAUGGCCAAGCUAGCUAAUAUUGUUUCCCAUUCUGACUGCUUGUGCUUUUUUUUUUUUAAACAAAAUGUUGACAUACCAUUCCUCCAUAACAACUCUAUGGUUUUUGAAUAAAGUUAGUCUACUGGAAAAGAGCUGGUAAUGAAA